AUGCACGUGCAGCUAACGCCCAAUAACAAGAUCAUCCUUUAUGAUACCAUCAUUUUCCGCAUUUCCAGGAUCAGAGCACGACCAGGCGAAUGUAUUACGUAUCUUGAUCGCGAAAAUGUAACGAAGGAGGAUUGUUGGGCUCACGUCGUCGAAUAUGAUAUUGAAACUAACCAAGUUCUCAGGCCCAUCAAGAUAGAGACAGAUCCGUGGUGUUCAUCAGGAGGGCUUGCCAAUGAUGGUACCCUCGUCAGUACUGGUGGCUUUUUGAGCGGAACUAGAUCUUUGAGAUUCCUUUCUGGCUGCCCAGAUUGUCAGUGGAGAGACUACCCUAAUACAUUCAGAGAAGAUAGAUGGUAUGCGACUCAAGCAAAGCUUGCAGAUGGAGGGUUCAUCUUGGUUGGAGGACGCAGAGCUUUCAGCUACGAGUACAUUCCACUAGAAGGCCAAAGAAGCGACAACCUUCACUUCUUUGCGUUCCUCUACGAGACCUCCGAUCUGGAAGAGAAUAAUCUCUACCCAUUCGUCCACCUUUCCGUCGAUGGCAACGUCUUCAUCUUCUCCAACAAUCGCUCACUCCUUCUAAAUCCUAAGAACAACAAGAUUGUUCGCACCUAUCCCGUCCUCCCCGGCGGCUCCCGCAACUACCCCGCCUCCGGCAUGUCCGCCCUCCUUCCCAUCAAGCUCGAUGCCGACGGCAAAGCCGACACCGCCGAGGUCAUGGUCUGCGGUGGCAAUACCCCGGACGCCUUCCACAUCGCGGAGACGCUCAAGCAAUACCUCCCAGCUCUCCAAGACUGCAACAGAAUGGUCAUCACAGAUCGUGUCCCCGCGUGGGAUUCUGAAAUGAUGCCUUCAAGAAGAACCAUGGGUGACCUCUUGAAUCUACCCAACGGACAGCUCUUGUUCAUCAACGGUGCUCAGAAUGGCACAUCGGCAUGGUGGGACGCCGAGGUUCCCAAUUUCACGCCGGUGCUUUACAGGCCCGACAAGCCUAAGGGUGAGAGAUUUAAGGUUUUGGCCGCCACCUCCAUCGCCAGAAUGUAUCACUCAACUUCCGCUGUGCUUCCUAAUGGCAAAAUCUGGGUGAGUGGAAGCAACACUCACGACACUUACAGGGACGUUGAUAAAUACCCAACCGAGACCAGAGUGGAGAACUUCUCCCCUCCUUAUCUCGAUCCGGCUCUCGAUGGGUUCCGGCCGGUGAUCGACGAGAGAACGUCGGACAAGCUGUUGAGGUACAAGCAAACCUUUGAGACUAGGUUCACGGUGAACGAUCGAACCGCGACUUUCACGAAGAGUGAUAUCAAGGUGAUGAUGUAUGCGCCGCCUUUCACAACUCAUGGGUACUCUAUGAAUCAGAGACAAGUGGUGCUGCCGCCGGCGACUCUCACCUCCGAACUCGGAGGGAUAUACAAGAUAGCCUCCAUGGCUCCGGCGUCGGGUGAGAUUACUCCGCCGGGGUACUACUUACUGUGUGUUGUGCACGGUGGGGUGCCUAGCAAGGGAAUAUGGGUGCAAAUCGGGAGCUGA